AUGGUCUACUACGCUUUCCUCAAAUGGCAAACUUCCGAGCCCAAUUAUCGAUACCUUCUUACAGCUCCUAAUGCUGAGACUAUCGAUGAGUGGUGGCGAGAGGCCUCUACCAAGGAUCCAGAGCAUGUCAAGCGUCUCGGCCCUGAUUUCUACUCUUGGGGCAGCGGCGCUCAGGCGUGGGACCUGGCUCCUUCAUUCUUGAACAAGAUCAUAUAUACCUUGCUGAAUGAUGUGGAUGGUCGUAUCAUAUCCAACUUCGCUCAGCCUCCAAGAGUCAGCGUCCUUAGUGGUGAUUCGGUCGCACUCGCUUCACCUUCCGGCUGGACGGGGCGUGAUAGUGACAGAAACAGGACUGUCAUCAUCGGCAAGGACUACAUCUCCGUCAGUGCAGUUGGAGGAUCUACUCAAAAGUAUGUCAGCGUCAACGACAAUGGCGAGGUCGUCCUGAGUGGACAUAGUUGCCGCAUAUACUACAGUGACUUAAAAAACAUGUAUCUUGCCCAUCGAGAGAUUGAAAAUCUUGGAAAUGCUUCUCUUAUGAAGGCUGAUGGCUUCGGUGAGGAGUGGAAGCUCAUCAGAUAG